CGGCGGCUGUGGAGGUGGGAAAAUGGCGGCGGCCGCCGCGCAGCUUAGCGACGAGGAGCUCUUCUCCGAGCUGAGGCGACUCGGCUUCUCCCCGGGGCCUGUCACCGAAAGCACCCGGCCCGUCUACCUGAAAAAGCUCAAGAAGCUGCGCGAGGAAGAGCGGGCGGGCGGGGCUGCCGCCGCCAAGACCCGGAACAGUAACAACAAUAACCCCGGGGCAACGGCAGGAGGAGGGGGAGGAGAAGGCGGCGGCGGCGGCGGCCUGGGAACGAGGCUGCCUGGCGCUGACCUUGCCUCGCUGUCCCGGCCGGCCGCAAGUGGGAGCGGCCGGGCCCGCGCAGCUCCCCUCGGCGGCGGCGGCGGCGGCAAAGUGCUGCUGGGUUUCAGCUCGGACGAGUCGGAUGCGGAGGCCAGCCCCAGGGGCCAGGCUGGCGCCGCUGCCAGCCGGAGGGAGCGGGCUGCCGCCUCGCGCCGAGACCCGGGGCCUGCUCUCCACAACAGCGCCUUGCCGCCGGAGGCGUCGGCCCGGAGGAAGCCCAAUGCCUGGUGGGGGGCGGUGGCUAGGCGGCCGCCGGUCACGGCGGGGACUUGGGAGCAGGCGGAAGGCGGCGAGGAGGGGGACGCCGCCGCCGAGCGAGAGCCGCAGCGGGGUAAGAGCCGGGCUGUGAAUGGAAACAGGUUCUUUUCCUACGGCGGCCCAGGUAAGAGGGAUAAGUAUUCGGACUCCGAGGAGGAGGAGGACGACGACGACGAGGAGGAGGAAGAGGCGGCAGAGACGAAGCAGCAGGUGUGGAAAGGGGAGUCGCUGGCCCGCCACUACCUUGCCAGGAAAAGCCUGGGCAAAUCGGCUCCCCCUUUCUCCGCCCCUAAAGGUGCUGCAGCCGGCGAUGGCUUGAUCGAGUCCUGCAAGGAGCCCCGUGCGGUGGGUGGCCUGCCGCUGAGCGACAGGGCGGCGGUUGAUGACUCUGCUGGCGUGGACAGGAGGAGGAAGCAGGAGGAAGAGGACGGAGCGGCGGCAAGCAGAAGAGGUGAAUAUUUGGACUCAGGUCGGCCCUUCCCCAGAUACCGCUGCGGCUCUUCUAAGAAGGCUCAUCCGCCGCCACUGCUUGCUGACUUGGACGGUAGCAAGAUGACGGAUUCUGUGAGCACUAACAGGAAACCAGCCAACAAUCACGUCCUCACGGGUGCAGUCGGGGGCUAUGGUGUUGAACCCAGGAUAUACACUGCUGCCAAAAGCCUCUCUCCAGGUGCUACUACUUCCUCCUCCAUUAGAGUAAAUCACUCCAACCACACAGGUUCUAAUCAUACAUACCUGAAAAACACGUACAAACAGAAGCUCUCGGAGCCAGAGGAGGAUCUUCUUCAGCAAUUUAAGAGAGAAGAAAUAUCCACCACAGGAGGCUUCAGUGCUCACUACCUGUCUAUGUUCCUUCUAACUGCUGCAUGCUUGUUCUUUCUGAUAUUGGGACUCACUUACCUAAGAAUGAGAGGUUCGGGAGUAACUGGCGAUGUGGGAGUUGACAAUAAAAAUCUGUUCACAGAAGAAUUACAAGCAAAUCUCAUGAACAGCUUAUACAAACUUCAUGAUAAGUUGGCACAAAUAGCAGGAGAUCAUGAGUGUGGCAACUCUGGCAAGAAAGGUCUUUCCAUCCAGGAGGCAGCUGAAUAUUUAAAAAGUUUAGGUCCAGAAUAUGAACAUGAGCUUAAUACAUCCCUGCAAUGGAUUCUAAAAAGUGGAGAAGAUGUUGGCAUAAAGUGUGUUGGCCACAACUCUGAUGAGGAAUCCAUAACUAAUACAACUGAUGUAAAAUACCUGGUAUCAACCAGGCCACAGAUGUCGUUUACAUGUCGUUUUCGACGUGCAUUCAUUACCGUAACAUGUAGAUCAUUAAUUCUGCUUUUAGGUAUAGGUAUUAUUUGGGCAGUCUUGAGAUAUAUGAAAUAUCGGUGGUCUAAGGAAGAAGAGGAGACUAGACAAAUGUAUGAUAUGGUUGUAAAAAUUAUAGAUGUCCUAAGAAGCCACAAUGAAGCAUGCCAGGAAAACAAAGACUUGCAGCCCUAUAUGCCUAUUCCACAUGUACGAGAUUCUUUGAUUCCACCUGAAGACAGGAAAAAAAUGAAGAAAGUGUGGAAUAGAGCAGUUGAUUUUCUUGCUGCUAAUGAAUCUAGAGUCCGCACAGAAACACGGAGAAUAGGUGGUGCUGAUUUUUUGGUUUGGAGAUGGAUACAGCCAUCUACACCAUGUGACAAAAUGUUGGUUAUACCAUCUAAAGUAUGGCAGGGGCAAGCAUUUCAUCUGGAUAGAAGAAAUUCACCCCCAAAUAGUUUGACACCAUGCCUAAAGAUUCGCAACAUGUUUGAUCCAGUUAUGGAAAUAGGUGAUCAUUGGCAUUUGGCAAUUCAAGAGGCAAUCUUGGAAAAAUGUAGUGAUAACGAGGGAAUCGUUCAUAUAGCAGUGGACAAAACUUCACGUGAGGGUUGUGUGUAUGUCAAAUGUUUGUCUCCAGAAUAUGCUGGAAAGGCUUUUAAGGCAUUACAUGGAUCUUGGUUUGAUGGAAAAUUGGUAACAGUAAAAUAUCUACGGCUAGAUCGAUACCAUCACCGCUUCCCCCAGGCUAUUACUUGCAAUGCUCCCUUGAAGCCAUCAAACACACACAUGAACUCGAUGUCACAUCUUCGUCUCCGGACAGGCACAACUAACUCUCAGGGAAACUCCUGAGACAUUGCUGCUAGAAACUGCUAACUUGCCGCAGGGAGCAUUUCCUGUCUGGCCCCGUCUUCCACUUUUAGUACUUUUUGUAUGUAACAUUUUCAUUAAUCUACGUUCCAGAAGUCUCAUGUUUCAGAAUGUCUGAUGAGGCAGUAAUA